AUGGCUUCAAAGAAGUGGAUUUACGGAUUUUUACGUAGGCAUACAAAUAUUUCCUUGAGGAAACCUGAAGCCACAUCCUAUGCUAGAGCUACAGGUUUCAAUAAACAAGCAGUUCGAAGUAUUUUCAAGAAUCUUGAAAAUAUUUAUGUGAAAUAUAAACUUACUCCAAAUCGCAUUUGGAAUGUGGACGAAACUGGUGUGACGACCGUCCAGAAGUUAUCAAAAGUUCUCGCGCAGAAGGGCAAGAAGCAGGUUGGUGGGCUAACGAGUGCAGAAAGGGGACUAAAUGUUACUAUUGUGGCUUCUAUGAGCGCAAGCGGAAAUUUUUUGGCACCAGCUUUCAUUUUUCCCAGAAAGAGAAUAAAACCCGAACUCAUGGACAAUACACCUAAUGGAAGUCCAGCUUUCCCACAAGAUAAAGGUUGGAUGGAUCGGGACGUAUUUCUAGAGUUUAUAAAAUAUUUUGUUGAUCAAACCAGACCGUCCACACAACAGCCAGUUCUUAUUAUCUUGGACGGCCACUGUUCUCAUACAAAAAGCUUGGCCGUCAUAAACUUUUGUCGUCAAAAUGGUGUCAUUUUAUUGUGUUUACCGCCUCAUUGUACACACAAAAUGCAACCAUUGGACGUUGCAUAUUUUAAAUCAUUUAUGACUUAUUACAACAUGCACAUAAAUAGAUGGUUGAAAAAUCAUUGCGGUCGUACCUUCGGCAUCUACCAAAUAGCUGGAGCUGUUAAAGAAGCCUUUGAGAAGGCUUCAAGUGUAGAGACUGCCACAAAUGGAUAUCGAAAAACUGGUAUUUGGCCAUUUAAUGACAGUGUAUUCCAGGAUUUCGAAUUUGCUGCAUCACAAACAACUGAAUUACGAGAUUCUGAAAAUAUGAAUCCAACGGAAGCGAAGGAAAUUCAUCGAGCAAUAAAAUGCCAUACUCCUCUAGAUGUGAAUUUGUUCGAAGAUCCCACCCCUUCUACGUCAAGAGAGCAAAGAACGCCUACACAAAAAAAAACAUCAAAAUAG